AUAAAUACUGCUUUGACUUUGGCGUUUCAAGCAGAAGCCAGUUUUCUGCGAAAGAGGAGGAGUGCAUGCUAAUUCAGAGAAAUAUAGAUUAAUUGUAGAUUAAAUUCAACCACGAGACAAUGCCAUGAAGAGAUUAAAGGACAACCUAUGUGGUUGGUUCAUGCCUCAAAAAAAUAAAGUUAUGGAUGCCCCUUCGGGCUCCUCUGACAACAAUGACAAUGUGAGAAGUGACCCAAAUGAACUGACAUCAGGAAUCCAUCAUGGAGUCACCCAUGAAAGCACUUCCCUGAAUAAUCUGACAUCAGUAUCCUCUGAAGGAUUCACCAGUGAACACACUGCCUUGACUGAACUGACAACAGGAAUAGCUGAUAGAACCAGCACUGAAAGUUAUGACCAAAGCCAGUUGGAAGAAGUAAUUUGUGUUCAAGCUUUUGAAGGCACUUCCCUGAAUAAUCUGACAUCAGUAUCCUCUGAAGGAUUCACCAGUGAACACGGUGACUUAAGUGAAUUGAAAGAAGUAGUCUGUGUGAAAGACACUAAUGAAAGUGGAGUGGAACAGCUCUCCAGUUUGGAUGAUGGUGAUGUUGAGGAACAGCUCUCCAAUUUGAAUAAUGGUGAUGAAGACACUAAAUGUCUCAAUUUAUGCUGCCUCGUUAUUAAAGGAAUUGCGUACAUAAUUGUAUCAUCCUUUGCUUUCAGAGUAACUGGAAUUUUGCUGGUCUUUGUGGAUAUGUGCACCAUCAUUAUGGACUUAUUUCUCACUAAAAGCACAAUAUAUAUUCCUAUGGAAUACCAUUUUGUUUCUUUAGCUAUUGCUGCGUAUUUUUUCUUGGAUGUUUCCCUUCGAGUGUUUGUAGAAGGGGUCCUACCGUAUUUUUCUAAUGUAUUUAACUCCUUAGAUGCCACCAUUGUCGUGGUAACUCUGCUGCUUGAAAUUGUUUAUAACGCUUUUGGCUUUACGGCUCUUAAAGAUGUCCCCAAAUUGACAGUUUUUACCCGACCUCUACGACUUUUCGUUCUGUUAAGAGCUGUUCAUCUGGCUCAUCAAGAAAGACAUCUUGAAGCACUGACCAGAAGGAUGGUUUCAGAAAACAAACGGCGAUAUAGAAAGGAUGGAUUUGACUUGGACCUCACUUAUGUUACUGAACGUAUUAUUGCCAUGUCAUUCCCAUCUUCUGGAGGGCAGUCUUUCUAUAGGAAUCCCAUUAAGGAAGUCAUGCGGUUCCUGGAUACGAAGCAUGCAAACCACUACCAAGUCUACAAUCUUUGCAGUGAAAAAGCUUAUGACCCCGAGUACUUCCAUCACAGGGUCCGUCAGUACAUGAUUGAUGACCACAAUGUCCCCUCUCUGAUUGAGAUGUUGGCGUUCUCCAGGGACGUAGAAAAGUGGAUGGCUCAAGACGAGGAAAACAUCAUAGUGGUUCACUGUAAGGGGGGCAAAGGAAGAACUGGGACCAUGAUUUGUGCCUACCUGCUUGCCAGUGAACGAUUUACAACUGCGGAGGACAGCCUGUAUUAUUUUGGAGAACGACGAACAGAUAAAUCCACCAGCAACAAAUAUCAGGGAGUAGAGACUCCUUCUCAGAGUAGAUUUGUUGGCUAUUUUGCGAAGGUGAAAAAUACCUACAACUUGCAUCUUCCUCCAAGGAAAAUACUCAAGAUAAACAAGUUUGUGAUUUAUUCAAUUCACGGCGUUGGAAAAGGUGAUGGAAGUGAUCUAGAAGUACAAAUAAUGAUGAAACGAAAGACUGUCUUUUUCUGUUCAGCCUCCAGAUACUGUAAGAUAGUUCAUGACGCUGAAUCAAACAGAGUAAUAAUUAAUAUAUUCAACUCUCCACUUCUGUAUGAUGAGGUAAAAGUGAGGUUUCUCUCUUCGGCUCUUCCUCGGUACUAUGACAACUGUCCAUUUUACUUUUGGUUCCAUACAUCUUUCAUACAAGAUAACAGGUUAUAUCUUUCAAGAAAUGAACUGGAUAAUCCUCACAAACCAAAAACAUGGAAAAUUUAUCGUUCAGAUUUUGCAGUCGAGGUGUAUUUUGAUGAAGUUAAGUUGUAGUUACAACCAGCAGUAUCUGAUUAAGUGUAGUCCCCUCUUCUAGGAUAGAAUUCUAGGAUAGAAUCAUAGUCUUCCCAAUCCUUUCUACAUAUUUAUAGCUUUUAAACCUGUUUCCUUACUGAUAUAUUUAUGUAAUGUACAUGUUCUUGAUACGUCUAUUAAAUAUAUAU